UUUCCGUAUUACCUAGCAACAAACAAACACCGUCAAAUUGACGAAACUUAGACUUCAACAACGAAAUUCCAAGUUCCAAAGAGUUGAAUACCCUCCUCGGUUUCAUUUUCAACAUCACUACAAAUUCACACGCUUCUCUUCCUCCCACAUCACUCGUUUCCCACCGUUCUUUAUAUUUGGCCUCUCUUUCCCCAAAAUGCUCAUUGGCUCCUCAAAUUCUCUUUUCUUAUUAUCAUCAUAUCCACAAACACAAAAGGCUCCAACAUAAACCCAACACCUAACUUAAACCACCCUCAUUGGUUCCUUCUAACUUCUUUAACCACCGUGUCUCUUUCUCUCUCUCCUCUUUCAAUCAAACCCAAACCAUAAACCCUUUUCUUAUCUUCUUUCUACCCAUCGUGUCUUAAUCAAUCUAUCUACCUUCUAAAAACACCUCAUAUCUUUUUCUUUUUGUCUCCCUCUGAUUUUUCGCCAAAUUUGUCUCCUUUUUAUUUAUUCUUUUUUUUCUUCUCCUCAAAUAUUCUGCAGUUACUUCUUCCACAAACCCCUUUUAACUUUUUCUUCUUAGUUUCUGCCGAACGCAUUUCGUCAAUAAAAAAUAAUAGAUUUUGGGGGUGCCCUUUACUUUAUUUACCCCCACAAACUUCUCUUUCUACGUUUUUGAAUCUUUUUUUCCCUUCUCUUUUUCUUGUAUGGUUGAAAACCCUGAAAUUUGGGGUUUGUGUUCAACGAUGAGUUUGUUAUUGAGUCCUAUGUGGGUAGUGUUUUUCUUGGGGGUUGUUGUUGGAUGGUGUUGGAAACCCAAAUGGGCUAGCUUGGGGACAGAGAAAUUGACUACUUCUUUGGCUAAGUCUUUUGAUUUUGCCUCACCAUCUUCAGGUUCUCCUGGAUUUUCGUCUUCUCCUUUCGUUAAUUCUUCUAUUACAAUGCAAACUCCAAACCCUGAAUCUUUGGUUAUUAGUAAUAAAGACACGAAUAAAAAAGCUUCAUCUUCUUCUUCAUCUCCCACCAAAUUUGUUAGUUCCACAAGUUCACCGAAAUCCAGUGAAGAUAAUUCUAAUUAUGUUACAGUGGAUGAUUUCCAUCAUUUAUACAAGCUUGUGGAGGAGAAAGAUGGAGGUCUCCCUUGGAUACAGGUGAUGGAUCGUUCUACUCCAACUAUGAGUUACCAGGCAUGGCGUAGAGAACCAAAGGAUGGCCCUCCUCAAUAUCGAAGCAGUACUAUUUUUGAGGAUGCAACCCCUGAGACAGUGAGGGAUUUAUUCUGGGAUGAUCAAUUCCGACCUAAUUGGGAUGAUAUGCUUAUAAAGUCGACGACCUUAGAAGAGUGUCCUACUACCGGAACCAUGAAAAUGCUAUGGAUUCGAAAGUUCCCCUUCUUCUGCAAAGACAGAGAAUAUAUUAUUGGUCGAAGAAUAUGGGAAUGUGGGAGGUCCUACUAUUGUAUCACAAAGGGGUUAGAUUGUCCUGAGAUCCCAAGAAAAGAAAAACCUAGACGUGUUGAUGUGUACUACUCUAGCUGGUGCAUUCGAGCAGUUGAAUCAAAGAGAAAUAAUGGUCAACUAACUGCAUGUGAAAUUCUACUCUUCCAUCAUGAAGAAAUGGGAAUUCCAUGGGAAAUUGCAAAGCUCGGAGUACGAAAAGGCAUGUGGGGAACAGUACAAAAGAUUGAGCCUGGUCUGCGUGCUUAUCAAGAAGCAAGGGCUUCUGGAGCUCCACUCUCCCGUUCAGCUUUCAUGGCCGGUAUCAACACAAAAGUAAGUCCUGAGUACUUACAAUCCAUCGGAUCCUCCAAUGACUUGUCGCAAACCGAAAGUGCAAUCACUUCUGAUAAACCACAGGGCGUUAACGUACCAAAGAUGCUAGUCAUUGGCGGUGCUAUCGCUCUUGCUUGUAGUCUUGAUAGAGGAUUGGUGACCAAGUAUGUUCUAUUUGGUGUUGCUAGAAGAUUUGCUAAUAUGGGUAAAUGAUAGUAAGAACAAGAGGUGAAACCAAUCUCUUGAAGCCAUUUAUUUUGGAUGAUCCACGUUAUUAUCCAUUAUAGUUUCCUUGUUAUUAUUACUACUUGAAAAUUUGGAGGUUCUUUUUUGGGUAAAAAGGAUGUAUAAUUAAAAAGAAAACAAAUCAAAGGGAAUGAGAUAGUCUCGGCUUGUUGGUUUGGGAGUGAGGGUAGUUGAUGCUUUUUUUGAACUUUUUUUGUUCCCUUAGAUCAUGAGUUGGUGAAAAAAGACCAAAUAAUUUCUAAUAAACUGUCUGGCUGUAUAAACUCCAUAGCAAUAAAGUAAAUCUAUUUUUAUCAGCUAAAUUGUAUUUAUAAUUAUCCAUCUGCUAAUGUUGGCAAUAAAUUUUACUAUUCUACUGA